AUGGCAAUCGAGUCUAUACUUAUUAUCAACAAAUCUGGUGGAUUGAUUUAUCAGAGAAACUUUUCAGAGAGUUUUGCGUCUAAAUUGAAUAGUAACGAUUUUCUAAUCAUAGCAAGUACGAUACACAGUGUGUUUGCAAUAACUAGUCAAAUAACACCUAAGGCAUUGCAAAUAACACAAAAUAAUGUCGAUUAUGUUAUACCCUAUAUUCCAAUGGUGGGGAUGGAAAACAGCAAUCCUCAACAGAAUAGAAACUCGAAUGUACCGGUUAAACUUGGUAGUUAUAAAGGUCCAGAUUUCUUUAAAGAACCGUUUAUUAGUUGGAACAAAAGUGGGUUAAGACAGUUGAGUACUGACCAAUUUACUAUGUAUAUAUAUCAAACAAUGACAGGGUUAAAAUUUGUCGCGUUAAGUUCGAACGUUCUGUCGAACAAUGCUGGUACAACAAUGACAGGAAGCAUUGAUAGGACAAAAGCAGUAAAUAUUGCUAGUCAAGUUGCUGAUAACUUCUUAAGAAAGAUAUAUUGUUUAUAUGGUGAUUAUGUUAUGAAAGAUCCAUUUUAUUCUAUGGAAAUGCCUAUUAAAUCAGAAUUAUUCGAUAAAGCUGUAAAACGAAUGGUUAACAAUUUGCUAUAA